GAUCGCCACCCGUGGGGGAGGGGGUGGUGGUUGGUAACCUUUGACCUCCGGCUUGAGGAGCGGCGACGCGGGGGAGACGCAGGGUGAAUAUUCAACAAAUAACAUAAUGAAAGAUACAGAAAUAAAGAAACUCCUCUUUGCCCACAUUUUCUGUGUGGUUUCCAUUAUUCUGUCAACUCUCAUUCCAGCUUUCUUCUUGGAGAAUUUCUCAGUUUUGGGAACACACCUUACCUGGUUGUGUAUUUGUUCUGCUUGUGUCACUACUGUAAAUGUAUUUUUAUAUAUAAUAGUAAAACCAAAUCCAUCUUCUAAGAGAAGUUCAUUUGCUCACAAGAUAUCUAGGUUUCUAAAAUGCUGCAUAUACUUCUUCAUGUCUUGCAUAGUGUUUCAUGGAAUUAUUGUCCUUUAUGGAGCACCAUUAAUAGAGUCAGUGCUUGAGACAUUUUUGUUUGCAGUCCUUCUAUCUACAUUUACAACUUUGAACUGCUUGUGUAUGCUAGGACCAAAUAUCCAAGCAUGGAUAAAGGUAUUCAGUAAAAAUGGAGCCAUGUCCAUCUGGGAUAACAGUCUACAAAUUACCACAAUGUGCAGCAUAGUGGGAGCAUGGCUUGGAGCAUUUCCUAUCCCUCUGGAUUGGGAUAGACCUUGGCAGCUUGACCAGCCAGAAGAUGUUAGAACAUAACCAGAAACUCCUUAAAUUACAUUAACAGUAAAAGGCAGAUAAAGAGCAACAUUAGUGCAAAAUACCAAAAAAGAAGCAGUUGCUGUUGAUUGUCAGGGAUAUUUAUUUAUGAGAAGGUGUAACAUGCAAGAUUCAAAAGCAACCAGCAACAUCAGUCUGUACUUGUGUAAAGCAGAUAAGGAUCUACAGACCAUAAUUCACCUAAUAUAGGUAAGAUUUUUAAUAAUGGAUCACUGACAACUCACAGUUAGUGAACUAAAUGCAAGAGAAAUUCUGAGUUCCUCAAACCAUUGGCCACAGCUAUUGCGGAUAGCAGAGAGGUAUAUAAGAUUUUUCUUAGUGGGUAAGAAGGAACCACUCUCUCAGCUGAAUAGUAUUGAGAAAGAAGAUUUCAGAGAGAAGAUAAAACGCAGGUAUCCUAUCAUUCUUGGGAUUCCUCUUUUCUCACCUAAAUUCUUAAAACAAUAUUUGAUUUGAUUUCAGUCUCAUAAUGGAAGUGUUAAGAUCCAGUUGAAGCAUGGUCUUAGCUAAGGCCACAAAACACACUAUGCUAGUUAAUUAUGUAAUAUCAUAUCAAAACAUUGUUAGACUCUUUUAUAGACUAUAUGUAUCACCAUUGUUAAUGAAUGAAAAUGAGCAUGUCUUUGGUUUAAAAGAGAGGCAGUAGCCAAGACAUUAUAGAACAAAAGCACUGAAUAGCAGAAAUAAUGGCUAUGAACAGAAAAA